CUCCAGAUGAAUAAUCCCCUAACAGUUGCAGACAGAGAGGGAAGGAAUGGGAUAUGACUCCAGGUGAUAAGGAGAAGGAAGUCUUCAGUUUAACAAAGAACAUAGAUGAAUAUUUGCCAUGCUACAUGGGAAGGCUCUAAACUCCACCCUGCUCUUGCUCCUCAUCCUCAUCAUCUUUACUGCCCAUGGUCACUCCUACCCUUGUUUUUCCCGUAAUGACACUGAAUUCCAGCACCUGGUGCUCCACCCAGACCCCUCCGUGGGGACGGUGUACGUGGGGGCCAGGGACCACCUCUUCCAGCUGGACGGAUCAGACGGACUACGGUUGGACCAAGAGGAAACGACCGGUCCUGUGAGCGACAGCAAAGACUGCCUUCCCCCAGUCACUGAGUUCAACUGUCCCCAGGCCAGGAGAACCAGUAAUCACAACAAAUUACUGCUGGUGGAUCCAAAGGUGUUGGAGUUGAUCACCUGCGGCAGUAUCCACCAGGGCACCUGCCAGAAACGGAGCCUGGCAUCCAUCAAGAAGGUCCUCUUCUCCACCGAGAGGCCAGUGGAUACGCAGUAUGUUGCUGCCAAUGAUCCGUCUGUGUCCACUGUGGGGCUGGUGGUGGGCCUUCGUGGCGGGGAAAGGACAGUGAUGUUUGUGGGUAGGGGCUAUACAGCCAGCCACCCACCCAUCUCCACCCGCCACCUUUCAUCGGAACCCAUCUUUUCCUACGAGGAGACGGCUAAGCUGGCCGUGGCCGGGCGUCUGUCAGAAUACGACCACCAUUUUGUGAUGGCGUUCACACGGCGUACUUAUGUGUACUUCUUGUUUUACCGCCGUGACAUCAAGUCAGCAUCGAGGGAGUACCGGACCUAUGCCGCAAGAGUAUGCCUGGAUGACACCUCCUACUAUUCCUAUGUGGAAGUUCCCCUUGUUUGCCGAUCGCCUUCCUCUCCCUCCAGGACUUACAGCCUGCUGCAGGCUGCCCAGGUGGGCCAAGGUGUGGGCAGGGAAGGCGAGGAUCUGCUGGGAGUGUUUUCCACCCGCGUCGGCUCCACAAACAACAGCCCCUUGGAUGCCUCGGCUCUGUGCGUUUACCCACUGGAUGACCUUGACAGACACAUCAACUCCACCCGAGACCUCUGCUACACCCAAGACGGCCGGGUGGAGGGAAGAGGAGAGGUGGCCUACAUAGAGUACGAGGUCAAGUCCAGCUGUGCCAACCUGCCCAUGAAUACCCUUAAGGCCUAUGCUUGCGGCUCUGACCACACCCCCAGUCCAAUGGCAAGCCGGGAACCGCUGGAAGCUAAGGCCGUGUGGCACACAUCAGCUGCCCGUCUCACAGCUGUGGCCGUCAGUGUCAAAGAGGGAUACAGCAUCGCCUUCCUCGGAGACUCCAAAGGGACUCUGCACAAGGUAUAUCUGGGCCAAGAUGGCCAGGUGGAGGUAUAUGCUAACAUGACGAUCCAGCCCAACUCACCCAUUAACAGUGACCUUUUACUGGACCAGAAUGGAGCACACAUCUACAUCAUGACAAAAACUACUGUAGAGAAGCGUCCAGUGGCAGAAUGUGGAGAUCACCUGGACUGUCAGUCCUGUCUGUCUGCCAAAGACCCCUACUGUGGCUGGUGUGUCCUGGAGGGACGGUGUGGUCAGCGCUGGGAGUGCCAGCGAGGGUCUGAGCAGGGCCAGUGGCUGUGGAGUUUUAACCAGAUGCAGCAGUGCCUCAGUAUCCAGCACCUCAGCCUCUACAACAUCAGUCGUGGGGAGAAAACUGAUAUUACAGUGUCAGUAGAGGGCCUCCCCAGUCUAGGAAAAGGAGAGGCCUACUCUUGCUUCUUCCAGGACACAGAAACCCCUGCCUCACUCACCAACACCGGUGUUACAUGCUCUACCCCUGAUGCCAGCAGUCUGCUCCCCAUUGGCCACGGAGAUGAGUUUGUGAUGGUGACCCUGUCGCUGCGUUUCAUCAACGUGACGGUGGCGGAAACAGAAUUCACCUUCUACAACUGCAGCCUGGUCCAGCAGCUCUCUGGGCGCAGGCCAUGCCAAGGGUGUGUCAGCAGUCGCUGGGGGUGUAACUGGUGCAUCCACCAGCAUGUCUGCACACACAAACACACGUGCAGCCAGGGUGUCACCAUCUACAACCAAAAUUUCAAACCGCCAACACCCACCAUCCCACCACCCACCAGAAAACUGACCCCUUUACCUCCUACUGUCGUGGCUGCUACAACAACAACAAGACCAACAACAACAACAGCAGCAGCAACAGAGCCACCACCCACAGUGACACCUAGGCCCACCACAGCAGCUGUCCCUUCAACUACCACCACAGUGACACCACCCACCACUCACAACGCUGAAUCCACCUCACCCCUUACCCCGGCCACAACUUCCCCUUUUGUCAGAAUCUUCACCCAGGCGACCACCACCAUUCACACCGAUGUCACCACCACAGGCGCCUCCCUCUCUGAUUUGGAGGAAGUGACAGAGGGAAUUGGCGGCACUACAGGUUUUUCAGAAGAUGAGGGGACUGAAACUGGGGCUGUCACUGACGAAACCCCCCACACUACACUACCCAGCAGCACUAGUGGCCAGGUAGACACAGACUUGAGAUAUUUAGAGCUAUCUGGUGAAUCGGUGGGCUCUUCCUCCGGCGUAAGCUCAACCACCUCCAGCGAAGUGGGCCUUUUAGUAGACCUCCCUGUCAGUGACAAUAAGGAGGCCAUUUCUCUGGCCGGCUCUGACGAGAAUGACUCACCUCUGUGGUUGAAUGAGUGGGAGAAGCCAGAGGAAGAGACAGCCACAGACUCUGCAACAGGUGUAUCUGUUGCAGGCACCAGCAAGAAGUCGUUCAUCUACACACAAACACCUGAAACAGUUAUUGACCCCGACUCUGAAUCUGCAACAAACUUCCAAUCAGAUUCUUGGACUGACCCUUAUUUUCGGGAAUGUCCGUGUGUGGAGAGAGUUGAGGAUUCUUCUCUGCUGCCUGUCAAUGUGGAGAGGAAAGUCACUCUGGUGGGGCAACAUCUAAACCUGUUUCAGGAUGAGAAUUUGGACUACGAGUGUGUGUUGGACGUUGAGAAUCAGUCAGUGGUGGUGGAUGCCUCUGUGGAGCCAGAUGCCACGCAGCAGACAGUCUUCUUUAUCACCUGCCAACCCCACCAGUACGCCUAUUCUUCCAAGAUGGAGGAAUACGCAGCUAUGAUCAACGUGAGGAGAAAGAACAACUUCCUUAUCGACAGCGCCGAGGAUCUGUAUGUGACUCUGUUCAAUUGUUCCGUGGGGCGGUCGGACUGCAGCCGAUGUCGCACGGCUGACCCCAAGUAUGGCUGUGUCUGGUGCGGCGGUGCUGCGAGCUCUCGCUGCGUGUACCAGGACUCCUGCACUGAUGAGAUCCAGCACACCUGUCCUGCACCUGUCAUUCACUUUUUGGAUCCGGUAUCCGGCCCAGUAGAGGGAGGGACAGUAGUGACCAUUUCAGGCUCUAACCUCGGCCAGAGAGCUGAAGACAUCCAAAACUCAGUGACAGUAGCCGGGAUCCCCUGCAGUGUCAUCCACAGCAGAUAUGAAGUGUCCUCAAGGAUAGUGUGUGAGACUACGAGUAGUGGAGGAGAGAAGAGUGGUCAGGCCUCAGUCAAAGUGAGGGGAGGAGGACUUGGGCUGUCUGCUCAGAUCUUCAGCUUCCAGAAUCCCGUGCUAAGCAGCGUUUUCCCACAAAGGGGGCCCAAGGCGGGGGGGUCGUCUCUCACCAUCAGGGGCCGGAGACUGAGGACGGGACACCCGAGCGAAGUCAGCGUCCUAAUCGGAGGAGUGCCAUGUGUGGUGCUAAACAUUCAGGAGGAUCAGAUCAGCUGUCUGACCAGAGGCAGCAACAGAACCGGAGAGCACGGCAUCACUGUGCGGUUUGGUGGGGCAGAGCGACACCUGCAGGGUUUGGUCUAUCAUUACACCCCCAACCCAAACAUCACAAUGGCUGCUCCGUCCAAAAGCUUCCUCAGUGGAGGCAGAAUCAUUAGAGUCUCUGGUCAGAACCUGGAUGUGGUCCAAGAGCCCAAAAUGAGGGUCACCCUCAGUCCUCCUGAUACUCUUCCUCCGAGGAGGAGAAGGGGCAUCGAUAGGAGGAAUGGAGGAAGCCUGAGCAAAGGACGGGAUCAUCGGGGUGCACUGAAGAGAUGGAGGAGGAUCGUCCCAGAGGCGGACUGCCCCGAGGGCACACUCUGUCAUGUCAAACAGUACGAGUCUCGCUGCACAGUGAACAGCUCCUCCCUCAUCACGUGUCCGACUCCUGCGGUGGGUUCGGAGGCUAGGAGGGCCAGGGUCAAAGUUCACUUCCUGUUGGACAGCCUCCACUUUGACUUCAGUGCUGCAGGGAACGAAGCCUUCAGCUAUGAGCCCAACCCGCAGCUCUACCCUCUGAACCAGAAUGACCCGAACAAACCAUACCACCACAAACCUGGCAGCAUCAUCUCUGUCGAGGGAGAGAACCUGGAUCUAGCCAUCUACAAGCAUGAGGUGGAGGCUCGGAUAGGGGAGGGGGUGUGCUCGGUGAAGACCCUGACGCACAACCACUUGUACUGUGAACCGCCGGCCCAGCAACCCUCAGCCAUAGCCGGCAACAAACAGGAUGGCAUGGACAGUCUGCCUGAGUUCACAGUGAAAAUGGGGAAUCUGAACUUCUCUCUGGGCAGAGUGCAGUACGACAGCCAGGCCCAGUCUACAUUUCCUCUGGAGGCUCAGGUGGGAGUCGGGGUGGGAGCCUCCAUAGUGGCUCUCAUUGUGCUCAUCAUAGUCCUCAUAUACAGGAGGAAAAGCAAACAGGCCAUGAGGGACUACAAGAAGGUGCAGAUCCAGCUGGAGAACCUGGAGACCAGUGUGAGAGAUCGCUGUAAGAAGGAGUUCACAGACCUGAUGACAGAGAUGAUGGACAUGUCCAGUGAUCUGGUGGGUUCAGGGAUUCCCUUCCUGGAUUACCGGGCGUACGCCGAGCGCAUCUUCUUCCCGGGCCAUCAGGAGUCGCCACUGAGACGAGACCUGGAUGUUCCAGAGAGUCGGAGGCAGACGGUGGAGCAAGGGCUGGUUCAGCUGUCCAAUCUGCUCAACAGUAAACUCUUUCUCACCAAGUUUAUUCACACUUUAGAGGUCCAGCGGACGUUCUCCCCAAGGGACCGGGCUUAUGUGGCCUCUCUGCUGACUGUAGCCCUGCAUGGUAAACUGGAGUACUUCACAGACAUCUUGAAGACACUGCUUAACGAUCUCGUGGAACAGUAUGUGGCCAAGAACCCCAAACUGAUGCUCAGGAGAACGGAGUCAGUGGUUGAGAAGCUUUUGACAAACUGGAUGUCCAUCUGUCUGUUUACCUUUCUGAGGGAGUCAGCAGGGGAGUCGUUCUACAUGCUGUUCAGAGCAAUAAAGCACCAGGUGGACAAGGGACCUGUGGACGCCGUGACAGGAAAAGCCAAGUACACACUGAAUGACAACCGCCUGCUGCGAGAGGAUGUGGAGUACCGCACGCUGACCCUAAACGUUGUGAUGCCAGCUGCAGCCACCAGCGGAGGCACUACUACCCAGACGGUCCCUGCCAAAGUCCUGGACUGUGACACCAUCACCCAAGUAAAGGAGAAACUUGUGGAACAAACCUGGAAGGGGACCUCCUUUUCCCAGAGGCCACACAUAGACUCAUUACACCUUGAGUGGCGUGCAGGUGUUGCAGGUCACCUAAUCCUAUCAGAUGAGGACCUGACGUCAGUAGUGCAAGGCUCAUGGAAGCGCCUCAAUACACUGCAACAUUACAAGGUACCCGAUGGAGCAACAGUGGCCCUUGUCCCCAGGAACACCAAACAUCACCUCCAUGACAGCCACGAUUACAUGCCUGGAGAAAAGACCCCUAUGCUUGACGACGGGGAAGAGGGAGGAGUGAGGCUUUGGCACCUGGUGAAAGCCAGCGAGGAGUCCGAGCUGCCCAAGCACAGGAGAGGCAGUCUGAGGGAGAGGGGCGGCGAGAGGGCCAAGGCUAUCCCUGAGAUCUACCUCACACGGCUGCUCUCCAUGAAGGGAACACUUCAGAAGUUUGUGGAUGAUUUAUUCACUGCGAUCCUCAGCACCAGUCGUCCUGUACCUCUGGCUGUCAAAUACUUUUUCGACCUGUUGGAUGAGCAGGCCCUGCAGCACAACAUCACAGACCCUGAGACCAUCCACAUCUGGAAGACCAACAGUUUACCACUGCGGUUCUGGAUCAAUAUCCUCAAGAACCCACAGUUCAUCUUUGACGUGCAGACCUCAGACCACGUGGAUGCUGUGCUGUCCGUCAUUGCCCAGACCUUUAUGGAUUCCUGCACCAUCGCUGACCACAAACUGGGACGGGACUCUCCCAUCAACAAGUUGCUCUACGCCAGAGACAUCCCGCGCUACAAACAGAUGGUGGAGAGGUACUAUGCAGACAUCCGUCAGACCAUCUCUGCCAGUGACCAGGAGAUGAACUCCGCUCUGGCAGAACUCUCUCGCAAUUAUACUGCUGAGGUCAACUGCCUUGUGGCUUUACAUGAGCUGUACAAGUACAUCAACAAAUACUAUGAUCAAAUUAUCACAGCCCUGGAAGAGGACUCUACAGCCCAGAAGAUGCAGCUUGGUUACAGGCUCCAACAGAUUGCUGCUGCCGUAGAAAACAAAGUCACAGAUCUAUGACCCCGAGGACACGAUAGAUCUUUCCUUUAACGUUAAAGCAGAGGACAAUGACAGGAGAAGGUUCCAUCUCCUUUUUAAGACAAGGGAGGACAAAGGAACAUAGUGGCACUGUGAUUUUGCUGUCAUUUUGACAGACUGAUUUUUAGUGACGGGAGAAAUUAUCUUAAGAGGAUCACUGACACUGUUUCCUGUCCCAUAUAAGACUCCCUUGAUAUUUCCACAGAUUCUUACACUGGGAGUAAAAUGGCACUGCUCUAAUGGGGGAAACAGAGAAAAAAACGAAUUCCCUCUGAACGAUGAGAUCUCGUAAGGAUUUCCCAUGUUGAAUUCGCACCAAAGGGAGAAUAUGAGAAGAGAUCUUUUUGUUUUUCCUACGUGUCUCGGUGGAAGAUUUUCUUGGCAAAGUGCACAUUCCUAUUACAGCUAUACUUACUAGUCUUGUGCUGAGGCAUGGAUGCUGUAGCUGUGCUGGAUGAAGAAGCCGUGAACGAAGAGAAAAAGGGAAAAGGAGGAUGUCAACGGCUGUGGAGUUUUCUACCACGUUGUGUCAAAGUCUUACAUAAAGGACAAACGGAUAAUGACACUGUCAAAGUGCUGUGGAGGCCUGAGCAACCACUCACCGUGUUCGAAGGAUGUUUUCAUUCUGCCUUUAGCUUCCUUAAAUCAUUCGACCAAGUCUUACUCUAUGAUGUUUAACUAGCUGUUACUGGACAGUUUGUUUUUCUGUGUAAACAAUUUCCCAGGAUAGGCUUUCUUUUUUAAUUUUUUAAUUGUCACAUCGCCACUCGUCCCUUUACUGCAAUUUGUAGAUGAUGCCUCAUGUAGUUUGAACUUAAAACCAGUGUUUUGUAAAAGUGAUUUUUGCGGACGUAGUACGUGAAUACUCUCAACCUACUUAAUGCUAUUGUGAAUGUUCCUUUUCUUAAGUAAUGUUUCGCAGAUGUUGAUAUCUAGUUUGUAAAAAAAAUGUUUCUAUGUAUUGACCCUUCGUAACUCCCACCACUUUUUGCUUUGUGCUUCAAUAACAAUUAAGCCAGUCUCAGUCAGAACCUCGGUACGUAUUAUCUUCGUUGAAAAGACAACCAAAUUUUAAAGAGGGUUAAAAUAUAAAAGCAUAAAUAAUAUAUACAGUUAAAUCUUAAGUUAGCUAGCUAAUUUUAAAGGAAUGCUAGUUAACUAGGUAGCUAAUUUAUGUCAAUCAUUUGUUAGCUAGCCCGCAUUUUUCUAACAUUUAAAUAACAAUUUAGCUGUUAACAUUCUAACAGUUAAAUUAAGGUUGGAGAAUAUAAGUGUCGCUUUUAUCUUUUAAGAUGGGCUAGCUUAGCUCAUUAUUGGAGCACAGAGCAAAAAGGGGCGGGACUUAAGAAGUGUCAAUUUGGCAGAGCUAAUUAAUUAACUGAUCCGUCCUCAAAAAAAGCCAUGAAAGUAAAAUCUUCUACAUAACUUUAACUACAUAUUGACAAAAUCCAUAAUAGCACUGCUGUAAUCUGUACUAAUUCAGUGAAAAAUUAUGAUCUUAGCCCGACUUAUUAGGAAAUACAUGAAUAAUGCACAAAUGAACUGAGGAAUCUUAAGAACAACCCUCAUAUGUUCUAUUGAUGGAUUGUAAAUCCUGAGGUGACUGUAAAAUAUUGUAGAAUACAAUUGCUACAUAUUUAUACAGUUAUUUCUCAUAUAUGUGCAUUUUAUAGAUUUAUUUAAAUUGCGUUGUCCAGUUUAUUUUCAAUGUAAGUCAGGUUUGAUCAUCCAUAUUUCUAAUGUUUUGGCUAUUUUCUGUUUUUGGAUUUAAACAUUUUUCACAUAGCCAGUACUUAAGUGAAAAGUUUUCUUAGUCGCACCUGUAAAUUUAGUCUGUAACUGUAUGACCCUUUAAUAUUACGGGCUUUUCCAGGCUGAAGGAAAUCGUGGAAACUGUGGCCUGCACUGGCUGGUUGUUAGUACAGGAUUGUUAAUUUUUUUACACAAACAUUUCACGAUGACAGAACAACUUUGAUUUUAAGCUUUAUUUUGCAUUCAUGUUUUUGGUGUCAGAGCGGAUGCCAGAUUUGAACACUGUUACGGCAGAGCAAAGCUUUUACAGAUUCCUCCUUUCCUCUCAAAAUUUAAAUCAGAGUAGUAUUAAUGAACAAAGGUGCCUGUGUUUCCUGUCGCUAUGUGAUGCCACAUGUGAGAGUCUUUUUGCUAGUUUUUUCCAAUUUAAUUUAUUUUGUAUUUAUUUUAUUACUAUAUGUUGUUGAAUAUCUUUUUCUGACACAUAAAAUAACAGCGGUUAUACCCCCUUUUAGUCAGAUGUCGCAUCUGCUAUUAUUUUUUUUUAAAGAAAAAUAAGAGCCUUUUUUUAUCCAUUGACUGGCUCUUAUGGUAGUUGUGAGAAAAUCUAAUUCACAACCAGCUGUCUGAAAUUCUUGAUUCUCUCCUUUUAUAUUUUGCAUCCGUUUUAGAGGCAAUAGGGAUUUUUAAUGUUGCAAGCGAUUAUUCUGUACAUUAAAAAAAACGUUACCACCAU